CAGUGUGAAGUCUAAAUUUAGGGAGGCACCCCAACAGCAAAUGACGCAAGGAGGCUAAACUGGACGGUGUGCUGGUCUCUGCGUGUCAAUGGUCGCGGGACUCGAGGCCAUGGAGACGCUGCCUACAACUUUGCUGUUGUUGAUGACAUGGGGCGUAUUUUUAGACCUUGUUGUCAUGUUUCCGUAACAGCCCGGCCGCGGCGUUCAGUAUAAAGGACUCUUUCAAAAUGCAGCUGUACAACAGUGUGCUGACACACUACCCGAGGUCGUCUCGCAAAGUUACAGUGACUUUAUCGACCGGAUCCGAGCGUCUGAACGGGACUGUGCCGAGUCCCUCCGAGGCUGACAGGAAAGCAGGAUUCCCACAGGCAGACGCAACUCCAGCCACCAACGCUGAUCCGGUGAGAGAGACCGCUCCUUCCGCAAACAUGCCUGCCUUUUCAUGCUACGAAGCCUCCUCUAUGAGGCCAAUCUACUUCACGUCCACCGCUGAGAUAUUAAUCCGCAGACCUGAUGGGGUGGAGAGGUCUGUGCCUGUCCACAUCAUGAGGGAGUCCAAGACCAAAGCGCCCUCCCCCGACGCACGCGACGGGGAAAGUUUCCUCUGUAGUGACUGUGACUCUGAUGUGAUUGUGGACUUGAUAGAUCGUUUGAGGAAUGGGACAGAUGAGCUGUUUGCUGACUGUCCGAAGCUGGUUGGAGAUCAGCUCUGCAGCAGCAACAACAUCUGUAGGCCCAGAGUAGAAGACAAGAGGGCGGCUGCGGAUUCAAGUGAGGAUGAGGCCGUUCCAGUGACUAAUGCUGCCUUCACACGCAAUGGAUGGGCCUCGUUACGCGAAGAGGAGCUGGUCCCCUCCAGGGCAGCUCAGCCCGAAGACCUCAGAAAGGAGGAUCUGAGUGAUCCCAGCAGUGGCCAGGCCGCUCCAGGAUCAGAUGAGAGACGGGCCUUUGAGCUCAGCGUUCUGCAGGAGGCGCCCCCGCGGAGAUGCCAAGAGAGGGAGGACGUCAACGAUAAGGUGGCCCGGUACCUGGCUGAGGUGGAGAAACAAAACAAGUACCUGCAGGAGAGGCACAAGUACAGGUACCACAUCAUUCCAGACGGGAACUGCCUGUACAGAGCUGUGUGCAAGGCCACGUACGGGGACCAGGCGAGGCACGGGGAGCUGAGGGAGCAGACGGUGCACCACAUCGCCGACCACCUGGACGAGUUCAACCCCAUCAUCGAAGGGGAUGUGGGGGAGUUCCUGAUCAACGCGGCGCAGGACGGCACCUGGGCGGGAUACCCCGAGCUCCUUGCCAUGAGCCAGAUGCUCAACGUCAACAUCCACCUGACAACAGGCGGGAGCCUGGAGAGCCCCACCGUCUCCACCAUGGUGCACUAUCUUGGGGAGGAGGAUGCGUCCAAGCCGGCCAUCUGGAUGAGUUGGCUCAGCAACGGCCACUACGACGUCCUCCUAGACAAGCGCCUUCCCAACCCGGAGUACGAGGACUGGUGCAGGCACUCGCAGAUGCAGAGGAAACGGGACGAGGAGCUGGCUAAGUCCAUGGCGGCCUCACUGUCCAAAAUGUACAUUGAGCAAAACGGAUGCGCGUGAAAGUAGGACUGUAUGGACGAGGACGCACACUGAUGCAACGCAGCGCAGAACCACCGAGUCUGCUUGGUUUCUACAUGCUUGAAAUUAUUUUUUUUAUAAGAUUUAUAUCUUGAGAGAAAGGACGUGCAGUGCACAUACUUUGGUUUUUGUACAUGCCAGCGAUGCCAAAUUAGUGGCGGUGGUCUCUGAGAGUGUUUGAACGUGUGUGAGCUUGUUCUUCUGGAUAGUUUGGGUUAUGGUCCUUCAAUGCUGUUCACUUACUGUACAUGGCAGCACUUUCGAGCAUGCAGUAUUUAUUUCCCUUUUACUGCCAGACCAGUUAUUUUUCUACCAUGUUUGUGCUUCAUAGGCCAAUUACAAAGGAUCUUGGUUUGGUGUUUUUCAUUGUGUAAUAUCUGUACAGCUGCUCUCUUUUGCACAAAGGUCCUAUCAGAGGAGUCCAGAGAGUUUGAUUUGUGUCUCAGAACAAUCUUUUUCUAUUAUUCCAGUUCUUUGUAGGCUUUGGACAAAAUAUUUCAAAAUAAAGUUCUGAAGAAACCGGA